GUUAUUACUAUUAUUAUGCAUAUUAUGUUUUCGCAUUUAGUUAUCAAAUUAAUUUUAUAAUUCAUAACCUAAAAAUGUCAAAAACAUUCAAGGAAUAUAUUAUACUUGUAAAAAUCUAAUAGACGGACGAAUUAUAAAGUUCAUUAUUUUAUCCGGAUACUGUCAAACGCUUAUCACCAGUACAUACAGUAAAUAGCCGGAUGAAAUAUUUUGGGAGCUAUAUGUCCGUAUAUCCGGACGUUUAGACGAAAUAUUUCGUCCGACUAGCCGGACGUAUAGACACUUCGUUUCAUUUUACUAGAGUUGGUAUCACUCACAUUGCAUUGUCGCCAACUAAAUUACAGUAAAAAUAAUAAUUUUCGAUUUAAAAGCAGAUAAAAAGAGAAAAUAUUUUAGAAAGUAUUUGCAAAUUUUUUAUUUAGAUUAAAAGAGCAAAAAAAAAAAAAAAGAAAAAAAACACACAGUAUAAUUUAAAAAUCACCGAAAAUAGGAAUGAAUUUAUUUACUUUCUCUUUUUUGGACGUUGUUCGCCAAUCUACGCAUUAUCUUUUCGUGUUAACGUUCAAAAAUAAAUUUGUGUGACUAAUAUCGAUUUUGAUAUUAAAAUAUUGAAUAAUGUAAUCAAUUGUAUUUUACAAAAUAUUUUUUGUGUUUGUGACAAUUUCGAGCUGCAAAAUAGUGACGAGAAAUAAAUUCGAUUGUGACAGCAAAAAUGUGUGACGUAAAAAAUGUUGAAAUAACGAAAAACUUUUUCAAAUUCUACGAAUUCGAAUCAUCAAAGAAUAAUGAUGAAUUUAAUGCAAAAAAAGGGAGUUUUUCCACAACUCGAAAAUGUCGUGACAAAAAGACACGAAAAACAUACGCCGCUAAAAUAAUCAGCCAAGACGAUAAUUAUCAAGAGGAAUUAUAUUUUUUACAAAAAGCUCAAGGUCAUCCAAAUAUUGUUGAAUUUAUAGGAGAAUUUAUGAACAGAGAUAAAAUAUAUUUUGUAAUGGAAUUAUUAACUGGUGGAGAUUUAUUCGAUGUAUUGAAUGAGCCAUUUAGUGAGGAAUGUUCGAGGAAUAUAAUUAAACAAAUUAGCUCGGCUGUGGAUUAUUUACAUUGUAAAAAUAUCAUUCAUCGUGAUAUUAAACCAGAGAAUUUAAUAUUUAAAAAUUCCGGAAAUGUCGAAUCUAUAAAGAUAAUUGAUUUUGGUUUAUCGUUGGAGAAAAGAGAUUGUCAUUCGAUGAAAUAUAAAUUUUUCUCUCUUCCCUACACUGCUCCGGAAAUUGUUGCCUUGGAAAAAUAUAAUGAGAGUUGUGAUCUCUGGAGUAUUGGUGCAAUUUUGUAUUUUUUGUUAACUGUCAAAGAAGCUUUUCCCUAUACGGAAUCUGUGAGGGCUGCACUUGAGAUUAAAUCGGGAAGGAGUAAAUAUAAUGAGGAUCUUAUUUGCCACGUUUCCGAGAAUUGCAAACGGGUAAUAAAAUGUUUACUGACUGCAAAUCCAGGAGAAAGAUUAACAGCCGAAGAACUCGUUAAUCAUUCAUGGUUAACGAAAAAUUAGCAUUUGAGUGGUAAAAAUAUCGAUUUAAAUUUUCCUCGUCAAUCUAGAACAAAAAUGGCGAACUAAAAAUUUCCUAAAAUUUUAUAAAAAAAAUAAUCUUCAAAUUAAUAAAAAAAAACAAAAAUUUUCUCGCAUUUACUCAAUUUCUCUGAUUUCUCUGUUAUUACAUCCAUCCAGUGAAAUUUUUCCCCUUAGUAGAAAAUAAAUAAUUUAUUAAACAUUUUUAAAGAAAAAAACAAUCUUGGUAUCUAGGGAUUUUUGAUAUUUCGAAGUGGGGAAAAAUUUGACAUUUGGCAACAGUGGUAAAAAGGAAGCCGGCGUCCGGCGUCAUUUCUUUUUCCGUUACUCGUGUUGGAGAGAGAUUCAAGCAGAGAAUAUUUAGAGAGACAAUCCCCGGUGCGCGUUCUAACCCGACUGAAAAAAGUGUGACGCGGUGUCUUUUUAAUUUCGCCUAGUGAACUAGUGAAUGAUCGUUCUGUUUGUUUUUAAAAAAAAAGUGAUCGGCGUCAAAUAAUAUUCAACUCUUUCAAUUAAAAGUGAUUUUUAAACUAGUUGGAAAAA